GAGCGACGUUGAGCUGUACAACGACAAGGAUAGUUUUAGUUCGCAGAAGCAGGCGGCCGAAGCAGCAGAGCAUACGCAUAAGUGGUGAGCAGCAAAAGCAGCAGCAAGCAGGCAGCACUACUUUGUAAAUACAUACUGUAUAUAUAGCGAGAUGAGUACACAAACCCGUUCCGGAGGUGGUGGUGGUGGCGGAGGCCGUAACAAGUCCAAGGCCAAACACCAUGAAAACAAGGAGAAUUUGGCUAAGGAGGACGGACAGAAUCAGUCACAGCAGUAUCCGAAAGGAGGUUCCGGUCCCAACAACGCCAGCGGAAAUGAUGGUUCGGCUGCAACUACCGGCUCUGUUGGUGGUGGUAGAGGAGGCGACCAUCAAAAACAGAAGGGCAGCGGAGGCCACAAGGGCACAGAUAAUGCUGCUCCGAAGGUUGUUGACGUGAAGGAGAAGCAGCAGAGGGAGGCCGGUGGUGGUAGCGGCGGUGGUGCUGCAGGCGGCAACAACGAGAAGUCCGGCGGAUCUACGGGAGCUGCUUCUGGGGCUGGUGCUGGCGGUGCCUCUGCCACUCACACCGUGGUUAAGGCCAAGCAACCGACGGCCGAACAGAUUCGCAUUGCCCAAAUAACAGACAUCAAGAGCGGCAUGGAUGAUCCCAAGAUUCAGGAGAAAAUCCAAAGCUUGAUGGAAACCACGCAACGCUCCGAGGAAGAGGUGUGCUGCGCAUUGCAGGAGUGCGACAGCGAUCUCGAUCGAGCGGUGAUCUUUCUACUCGAGACGCUCCCGGUCGGGGCUUUUGCGACGACGUCCAAGAAGAAGAAAAGCAAAUCUCAGGCGGCGGCUCAGAAGGACGGGGAAGACGGCGGUGAUUGGGAGACAACGGGCCCGACCACCGUUGGUGGAGCCAGUGUUCAGCUGGGCGGCAUUAAUGUGGAUCUGAAGGAGCAGCAGCGCCGUGGUGGCAACCGUGGCGGUUCGGGCAACCAACGUUCUGGAGGACCGGGCCGUGGUGGCCGUGCCGGUGGCUAUCGCGAUGGUGGCGGCGAUCGUGACCGAGAUCGCGACCGUAACGGCUACGAUAAGGGUGGAGAGGGCGGUGGCUAUCGUAACCGAGCGGGAGGCGAUGGCGGUCGCAUGCGAGGCGGACGCGAUGGUCCGGGAGGUCCAGGCCGUGGAAACUAUGGUUCGCGAGGAGGUCGUGGUGGUGGCCCGCGUCUAGGCACUCGUGGGCCAGGUUCGCGCGAUCAGAACCGAGGUUCGCGAAUGAUGAACAACGAUCAUCAAGAGAUCGAUUCGUGGGAUCCAGUCACGACGCCGGCAAACGCGAACGACCUCAAGCCCGAAGAUUGUACGGCCUUCACCGAUACUUGGGGCGAUUGGGACAACGAGGAGUACACGGGAACGUUGGCGGAUACCAAAGGAUAUGCCGGCGCUGUCGCUUCGACGACGGCCCCAUCUGCUGGCGCUGGUGCUCAGCAGCAGCAAUCGCAACAGUCAACGCAGACAGGCGUGCCACCGGCGGCAUCCAACGUCACGGAACUCGCAGCGCCCCCGGGGUUGGAGCAGCAGGUACUGAAUCCACCACCGCCAAAAGAUACCGAGCUGGUGCAGCAGUACAGUACAACUGUCGUUUCGAGUACGGCUACUGCUGCGGUUGCGGCCGGUGGUGCAACUGGUGUCGCGAGCGUCGUACCACAGUAUUCGGACCUGCAUGCCGGCAGUCCGAAUGCUACGACUGCAGCACAGCAUUUGCGGCAGGCGCUUGAUAUGCCGCCUAUGAACACGUCCUCGUCCCUUUCGGCAGAACAAAGUCAGUAUUUUAGUACUCUAUCGUCUCAGAAUUCCAAUCUCCAGCCAACGCCAAGUGCCGUCGGCUUCCAGCAGCAGCCACCUGCAGGCGUGGUGGCAUCCCAACCGCCCACGACAGUUGUUCCGGCAGUUCAGCAGCAGCAGCAGCCGCCUCAACCGAAUUCCGUGCAAUAUCCAACUGCUUUCGUUGGGGCAACUAGUGACGCUACUGCUGCUGCUGCUGCUGCUGGUGCUCCGACGAGCUAUGCGGCUGCGGCGACGCAACAGCCACCAGUACGGCGGCAACGAGCCCGCGUUCCGCCACCAUCGAAGAUCCCAUCCAGUGCCGUCGAAAUGCCGGGUGAUAAUAUGAACAACAUUGGCUACCUGGACGUGCAGUUUGGUGGACUGGACUUCGGUGCGGACGAUUCGUUUGAUGCUGUAGUAUCGGAUAAGUUCAAUUCGACUACAGGAACCGCUGGCAGUAGCGUGAUGGAUUCAACCCCAUCUACCGUGCAAACGUCGGUGGUAUCCCAAGCGACACAGGCGGUCGGUCAGCCACAGGCGUCUCAAACGCAGACGGUGCAACAGCAGCAACAGGGAGCGCAGGUUCCGCCAGCUACGGUUGGAGUUCAGCCGCCGGCAGCUCAGAGUCAGUUGCAGCAACAGCAGCAACAGGUCGUUUCGCAAGCACCGCAGCAAACCGUGCAACCGGAUGUGAACGAUUAUCAAUCGAAGGUUGGUGGUGGCGUUGUGGCGGGUAGCGUUGUUCCUAACAAUUUGCAGCCAAAACCGUCCAAUCUGCCUGGCGCACCUGGUUUAGCAUCAUCCCAGAUUAUGCCGGGCCAAGGGACGACGGAGGCACUUUCCUCUCAAAACGAUGGGCUUGCCAACAGCUACUCGCGCACCAAUGCAUCGGGUUCGGUAUCCACGUCUGUUAGUGCUGGUGUGAAUUCCAUGAGCAAUGCAGCGGCUGCGUUGGAUCAGCUGACGAAAUCGGAUCCUUACGGUCAGUCGGCAAGUACAAAUACUGCUCUGACCGGUGGCUAUCAGAAUGCUCCGUACUCAUCAACGCAGGCGAACAAAACUGCGUCGUAUCCUCCUACCGGUGCUCCCCAAGGGUACAACAACAUGAGUUAUUCUAACAACCAGGUGACGAACGCCUAUCCUCCAUCGACGAAUAACUAUAGCUCCUACAACCAAGGAAAUGUGAAUGCCUACCAGCCGCCAAGCAGUAGCGUGACAAACAACGUUGUACCGAACAACAACACGGGCAACUCGGUCGGAGGCGUAUCAAAUCAAUCGAAUCUGCCGGUGAACAAUAAUGCCGUAAAUAGCAGCUCGAACAAUAACGCUGGUGGCUAUCUGUCCAGCCAAUAUCCGGUCAGCCAGACGUCGUCUGCAUUCCCGUCACAGCAGAACUAUCAGAACAGUUCACAGAACGUGUACGGAAAUACGGGACUGAAUAGUAAUACAGGGUAUUCUGGAAGCACAAACACUACAUCCGGCCAGUAUGGUAGUAAUUUUAGUUCGUCAAAACUGAAGGACACGCCGGUGGUUUCAACGCCAUUUGAAAGUGUGGCUUCUAGUACGGUUUCGAACAGUAGCACGAACAAUUCCAACAAUAAUGUAACCAGUUCGUCAUCGCUGCCAAUCAGUUCCGUGGUAUCCACGACAACGAAAAGCAGCAGCACCACUAGCGGAACGAGUGUAGUCACUAAUCUGCCGAUGGUUAAUCCGUACAUACAGGCACCAGGAUUGCCAUUCUAUCAGCAAGCUGCAGUGUAUUCGUACGAAGAUCUGCAGCUAAUGCAACAGCGUAUGCCGCAUGUGCCUGGUUUUUACGACAUCAACUACCAGACGCCUACGAGUCUCGGCGCGGCCGGUGUACGCGAUGCGAACCUUGGUUCCGUCGCGUACUCGACCAUGUCCGAUGGUCGGUUCACGCGAACCGACAACAACUCGUCACCUGUUAGUAAUGUUCCCAGUUCCUUGUCCCAACAAACAGGGUCUGGUGGUCCUAUGUUGAACCUGCCAUACGCUUAUUUUUACGGCGGCAAUAUGAUGCCGGCCAGCGGCUUCCAAUAUGGCACACCUGUCUAUCCUCAACAGAUGCCCACAAAUGCGGCAACAUCCGGCGGUCAGUUCCAGAAGCCUGCUUAUAACACAGGAGGAUAUGGUUCAGCGACCGGGUAUGAUACGCUUGGGCAAUCAGGACAGGACUACAACAAGAAUGCUUAUCAAGCGUCCAUCGUGGGACAGCAGCAAUCGAAGGGUCAAACCGUUGCCAAUCAGCAAUCUGGCUCUGGCAGCGGAUCCGACAUGGCACCAUCCAUGUAUGGUAAAAACCAUGUUGCUAUCAACAAAGUCAAUUAUGACAAACAAUCGUUCCAUUCGGGAACGCCGCCGCCGUACAACAUUGCCGGAACACAGACGGCUGGAACUACUUCCGCACAACCCUACGGGCAGCAUCUGGCAUAUAUACCAACGAUGGCUACGCAUCACAAUAUCAAUAUGCAUCAAAACAUGCACCAGGAUUCCAACAGUAGCGGUCAAAGACCGCAAAAUAAUAACCAGGGAAAGACUGCAAGCAAGCAGCAAGGCUAUUCUGCGUCUACUUAUUGGACUGGGCCGAACUAAAGUCUUAAGGAAGGGGGACAUAGCAAGAGAGCUAGCAGAGAGAGAGAGAGAGAGAGAGAGAGAGAGAGAGAGAGAGAGAGAGAGAGAGAGAGAGAGAGAGAGAGAGAGCGCUAUAAUGUAAAAAACAACAUGUGGUAGUGUGUUUUCGAUAGAUUCUUUCCAAUAAUUAACAAAACUGUAACAACAUAAACAAAUUACACAUACAUACACACAAAUACACACCCACCCACAUACAUCCAAAACAAAAGAAAACACACACACAAACGUAACGAUGGAAAGGACAACAAAGAGGAUAAGGCAAACGCAGAAGAUCGAUGCGAUUAAAAACAACAGUAUGUAAGAGCAGGGAUGUAGAGAAGCGAAGGAAGUGCGAUGGUGCGGGGGGGGGGGGGGGGGGGGGGGGGGCAUAGAGGGCAUAUAUUUAGUGUCAGCGCUGAUCAACUGGUGGUGUCCCUUGAUCUCUAUAAGGAAGGAAUGUUUCCAUUUUACGUUUUAUAACUCGCGCAUACCAUACCAUACGCAUAUAUGCAUGAUACAUAAACUCGAGAUAGUAUCGUACAUAAAAAAUAAACACAUUUUUCAUACAUAAAGACAAGCGAAGAAGCAAACAAAUACAAAAUUAAAUUAAUUAAUUCAAACGCAAAGGAGCAAUAUGAAUAUGUUUAGUUUGUUUAUUGAGAGUUGAUCAGGCAUCGAGCGAGAAUGGCAAAGGGUCGGAAUGAGAGUGUUUUCAGUACAAUCGAUGCUUUCCUUCCCAUCCCAUCCCUGUGUAACCCCACCAUAGCACAGGGAUCCGAUCAUGAGGCUAACGAUCGAUCCGAUCAUGUAAUGUGUCGUAUUGGUUUUUGGUAUCGUUUUGGACGGAUAGUCUUUGGAUGAGUCUUGUUGCGAUGAACAAACGUAGAAUGAACCUUCGGCAGAGCAGUGGGGUGUACACAAUACUCUGCUGCCUUCUUCGUGCUGAGAUCUGACAAAUGGUCCAUAAAACGCACAUGUUUUAAGAUGGAAUAUAGUAGUUGAUGAAUAAUACGUCUGAAUGCCAUCAGGAGAAGAGUGUUGCUCUCUUUUUUGCUCUGUAUCUAUGGUAUGUGCGUGCGCCGUGUACGUGUUGGGCACAGUGGUGUGUACCUUUGAUUCCCCUUUGAUAGAAUAACUUGCAUAACUUUUCCGGAAAGAAGUGAAAUUCAUGAUAAAGAACGGUCUCGCAUUAUAACCUAUUACACUUUAAUGCAUGGAGUGAAUUGGGAAAAUGCAAUUCAUGCCUAAUUCAUGCAUACAUGACAAUGGCGAAUGCACACAUUCAAGAAAAAACAAAACAUUGAUUUGGUUCAAGCGAUUUUCGCGAUUGCGCAACAUUCUACAUGAUCUCUGGAAUUACUGUAAUUGGAGCGAAUCGAAUCGAAUGCUACACACUAUCCAUCUUUUUACUAUGUUGGAAUGAGGAAUGUCGUAUAAUCUGAAUGACUAAUGAUAGAAUAAUGACGAAUCAAACAUGAAAUUGGCGCUACAAUACAGACUGAAUCCAUGAAAUCUA